GGGCAUAUUACAGUUUGAAAAUGUAAGUUAUGGAAUUGAGCCCUUAGAGCCUUCGAUUGGUUUUGAACAUGUGAUUUAUCAAGUAAAACAUAAGACUGCAGGUGCUUCUUUAUAUGCUGAGGAGGAUAUUCAGCCAAGAGUAAUGCCCUAUAAAAUACAAACUAUAGAGCCACCUACAGAUUUCUCUCAGUAUAUAGAAAUGCAUGUUAUAGUUGAGAAAAAUUUGUAUAAUCAUAUGGGUUCUGAUACGGCUAUUGUCGCUCAGAAAAUUUUCCAGUUAAUUGGAUUGACUAAUGCUAUUUUUACUUCAUUUAAUAUUACAAUAAUUCUAUCUUCAUUGGAGCUUUGGAUAGAUGAAAAUAAAAUUUCUGUAACUGGAGAUGCUAAUGAAUUAUUACACAGGUUUAUAAAAUGGAAAAGAUCUUAUCUUGUUUUGCGUCCGCAUGAUGUGGCAUUUUUACUUGUUUACAGAGAAAAAUCAAAUUAUGUUGGUGCAACCUUUCAAGGGAAGAUGUGCCAUAGCCAAUAUGGAGGAAGUAUUGCUCUGCAUCCCAGAACCAUAAGUCUGGAAUCACUUGCAGUUAUUAUAGCUCAAUUACUGAGCCUUAGUAUGGGAAUAACCUAUGAUGAUAUUAACAAAUGCCAGUGCCCAGCAGCUGUCUGCAUGAUGAACCCAGAAGCAAUUCAUUCCAGUGGUGUGAAGAUCUUUAGUAACUGCAGCAUGGAAGAUUUUGCAAAUUUUAUUUCAAAGCCACAAUCCCAAUGUCUUCAAAACCAGCCACAUUUAGAUCCAUCAUAUAAAGCUGCAGUUUGUGGUAAUGGAAAAAUGGAAGAAGGAGAACAAUGUGACUGUGGCACUAAGGAGCAAUGUGAUGCUCAGCAAAACACAUGCUGUGAGGCCGCCUCAUGUACAAUAAAACCCGGUUACAAUUGUGAUAAUGGAGCAUGCUGUGAAAAUUGUCUUUAUAAGGCAAAAGGACAAGAAUGCAGGGUUUCCCUUGAUGAAUGUGAUCUCCCUGAAUAUUGCAAUGGAUCAUCUGCAUCAUGUCAGGAUGACUUUUUUGUUCAUAAUGGUUACCCAUGUAGAAAGAAUCAAUGGCUCUGUCUGGAUGGAGUAUGUAUAAGCGGAACAAAACAAUGUGUGGAAACAUUUGGUGAAGGUACACUUAUUGGUCCUCAAGAGUGUUUUGAUCACCUUAAUUCUAUGACUGAUCAAUCUGGGAACUGUGGCAUAGAUUCUUCAGGAUACAUAAAGUGUAACCCUAAGGAUCGGCUGUGUGGAAAAUUAAUAUGUAAAUAUGAAAGAGAAAAUAUACUUCAUAUCCAUAAUGCCACUGUUACUUAUUCUAACAUAAGUGGACAUAUCUGCAUCUCAUUGGAGUAUGAACCUAAUCAUGAAGACAGUGCAAAGAUGUGGGUAAAAGAUGGAACAGUUUGUAAUAAAAAUAUGGUGUGCAAGAAUAAGGAAUGUGUAAAUAAUUACAUCAUUUAUGAAUGUGAUUCACAAAAAUGCAACUCUCAGGGUGUGUGUAAUAAUAAAAAGAACUGUCACUGUAGCGCCACAUUUUUACCUCCAGAUUGCCAAAAAACAGAUAUUUCAUGGCCUGGUGGGAGUGUUGACAGUGGCAAUUUUCCACCUCCGUCAGCACGCAAUCCUGAAAGUCUCUAUAUUGAGAAUGUUUACCACUCCAAACCUACGAGAUGGCCAAUUUUCCUACUCAUUCCGUUUUUCGUUAUUCUCUGUGUAUUCACAAUCCUGGUAAAGGUUUAUUUUCAAAGGAAAAAACGGAGAACUGAGGAGUAUUCAAGCGAUGAGUAUAUAAAUUUCAUAUUUAAGAUUCAUUACUUUUAUAAUUUGUUAGCAUAAUAGUAAUGUAUU